AUGUCUGCGCCUUCAGCAAGGUUCACUUGGCUCUUUAAUGGAAAACCAACCAACAGUCACGAAGCGGCGCGUGUCAUCCAGUCGAGUCGAGGCGCUGGCAGCGAGACGUACACCGAGAAACCGAGAAACAUGUGCUCAGGUGAGAAUAUUUUAAACCCAGGACCGCUGAGUGGAGCCGUAGGAGGCAGAGUGAAGUUCACCACCAGCCUCAGCCCCCCACAGAGCCCAUUUCUGUCUGUCAGCUGGAGCUUUAAAGGCGCGAACAUCAUCACUUCCACCAGCACCAACAUCACAGAGCCGGGACACACCAACCGGAUCUCAUUAGAUCGAGCCACAGGAGCGCUGGAGCUCAGGAACCUGGUGCUGGAGGACAGCGGGGAGUACACACUCACCAUCAUACCGGACGGGGGGCUGCAGAGAACGGGGAGGAUCACCCUCAAUGUGUACGAGCUGAUAACUGGAGCGAACAUCCGCAGCCCUGCAGCCGUCCUGAUAGAAAACCAAAGCUCCACCAGCCUCACCUGCGAGGCCUCCGGCUCCGUCAUCACCAGAGAGUGGAUGAAAGAUGGCCGUCCUCUUGAUUUCGGGCAGAGCAUCAGCUUGUCGAUGGACAACAGAACCAUGUUCAUACGCCCCGUCCUCAGCUCCAACCACGGCAACUACCAGUGUAGAGUCAGCAACCCAGUCAGCAGCCAGACUGCGGCUCUCCAUCUCACUGUCAACUACGGACCGUAUAACAUAUCAGUUAUUGGGCCGUCAGCAGCUUGGCCUGGUCACAGAGUGACACUGCUGUGCACAGCAGUUUCUGUUCCUCCAGCAAACUUCAGCUGGACAUUUAAUGGGAAUGAAACGCAUGUCAACACCUCCAUGUUUGUUAUAGAGAAGCUAGAGGCUAAAAACAUUGGCAAUUACACCUGCACUGCCAGAAACAUGGUGACCAGGAAGGAAAACUCUGCCGUUCUGGAUCUGAGAGCAUCCUGCACUGCCCCCUGUUGGUCAUUCUCAGCUUUGGUCAUCAGCGUAAUUAAUCUGAAGGGGUUAAUGUAAGACAGCAGAUAAAUGCAGCUAAUAAAGAAAACCUCCAAUGAAAAGUACAAAACUACAAGAAGCGUUGGAUUCUGCCGAAAGCUCAGAAAGACCUGAUGUGAAAUGAAAAGUCUUGCACUUCUAGGUGCAAUCUAUAUUUAAAUAGAUAUACAUGUUGUUUUAUUUUUUACUUUUUAUAUCUGUUGUUUUUAAUUAUUUUACUUUGGAUAGAAAAAAAACUGAAACACAGAAAUUCUUUGGAAAUAUAUACUUGCUGAAGAAAUUAGCACUUUUAGUUUCUGCUAAAGACACAUUGAUGCACCAAUUAUUAAUAAUUAGCAGUUUAACUCUGUAAAACAUUUUAAAUAAUUAA